UGAGAAUCAUCCAAUCAGAAAGAGAAAUCAAGCGGUAAUUUAAACGGAAAGAAAACAAACAAGACUAAAGUAAACAGAAGUGCGACGAUUUGAUAUUUCUUUUCUAUUCUUCACAUUUCUUGAUCACUCUAAAAAGUCAUGGCAGACCCAAGUGCCAACCAACAAGGAUUUAUCCGUUGGGAUAUGAAAAAGAAGAAAUAUAUCUGGGCUGGCCCACAAGAAGAACAGUCUCAAAGACAAGAUGACAAACCAUCAUAUGAUGAGAGUUUGUUGCACAAAGUUCAUAAAGGCCCCCUAUUGAAUCUAGGUCACAGACAGCCACUUAAGCUUUACAACCAUCAGCAUAAGAUGAAGCAACCACCUAAAAAUCAGAAUAUAGAGCACAAGGAGCACUGCGAACGCCCUCCCUGGAAUAAUGACAUCCAGUGCAGUGAGCCAACAUCUGAGAAACAAACCGUCCCAGAAGAUGAAGCUAUAAACCAAGAACCAGAUGAAGUUAGACAGAUAACAUCCGGUCACAAAAAUAUGGCAAUGAUACUAGGCAACAGGCUGAUACAAGUAAAAGCAGCUCAUACAUUUUGGCAGAAGAGUCCAGACAGUCUUGUGUCGUACCUGCUACGCACAAAUGAUGACGCCACCACUGUUGAUGUUCUACCCCACCUAAGCUUCAACGUUAAGAACAAGACAAACAAAGGGAAAGAGCUCACCAUGGGUGCUUGCUUAGAUCUUCUACCGGUGCUUCAGCGAAUCCUUGGAAGCAAGUACGAGGACUACAUCGUAGCGAGUCUGGAUAUGAUCUUGGGUAUUCUGCGGAACUGGUGGAAGGAUUUAGCAGCACUCGGAGAGAGCCCAUUAAAGAGCAGAGGCCUCCAAUGCAGCAGGAGUACCUCAGGUAUCUACACCUCAAUUAUUUCCAUGACUGAUGAUAUUAACAAACUGAGGAAAAGAGAAGGUAGAAUAGGAAGUAAAGCAAAGGUUAUAGGAGAUCUCCUUCAGAAGCUGUGAAGAAUGGCAGUACGCAAUCAGUUUUCAAGUCCGUCCAAUUACCUGCAAUUUUAAGAUAAUAUUUUAGUGCUGUAUUAAAACUGUACUUUUUAAUAAUAUUUCAAUGCAUUACUAUUGCCAAAUUCACAAAGGAUUGUCAAAUUUAUAACUUCAUAAUAAUACAGAUUAUAAUAAGCCAAUCCUAGGUUAUAAUACAGUACCAUAGUUAUAACAUUUAAAUAUUUUCUUUUAAAUCAGUAAUCAUUUUAGAUUACUAGAUAUGUUACAGCUGUUGCAUGAAAAAAAUAUUUUAAAAUACAGUAUUUGCAAAUUUUAAAUGCUAUAUAUAAAUUUUCUGAAACCAGAUGAAUUUUUCAAGAAUAUACAGUACUGGGGCCGGAUUUAUCAAACUAGAAAUC